AUGUCACAGGGGCGGGUCGCGGAGGCCUGUGGCCAUCCUGGCCCAAUACCCGCGUACUUGCACAAAUUAAUCGAGGAGCUGUGCAUCGAGCGCAAGUCCGAGCCGGAGCCCAACAACGCAGAACGCCCUCGAGACCGCUCAGCUGGAACAGACCAAACGUACUCGCAUGGCAUGUUCGCCAGAUUCGCGUCCCUUGUCAAGGCUUAG